GACGUUGCUAAACCCCAGCAGCAGCAGUUUGAGGUUGGUCGACACGUUUUGCCUUCUCUCCGUGUGUUUCUAUGUGUUUUUGGAGUUAACCGUGACUGUAUUUUAUCCGGAGUUGACAGCAGCGUCAUGGCGUCUGGAGGCCCCAUGAUGAACGGCGACAUCUCUCGCUCUCCCAGUCAGUCAGGCACGCUGGAGGAAACCCUGCAGCAGAUGAACAUCCUCAUCCAGGAGAACCGAGACCUGAAAGAGGCUCUGCGGCAGACAAACCUGACAAUGAAGGAGCGUUUUGAGGGUCUGUCUGCCUGGCGGGAGAAGCAGCGGGAGGAAAAGGACUUCCUGGAGAACAGGCUGGAGGAGGCGCGGGGUCGCAUGGAGGCGCUGACCCUCCAAAACCAGGAGCUGAGCAGGAAGGUGGAGGCAGAGGGAGGCUUGCUGGAGGUGUCAUCCAAUCAGAGUGCAGAGCUGGAUGCCCUGCGUGCCCAGGUUGCUCGCCUGCAGGCAGAGAAGAACGACCUGGUGGCCAUGAACUCUGAGCUGCAGCUGAAAGCAGGCCAGGACUCACAAGAUGACUCCUUUAUUGAGAUCAUCAGGGUCACGGAUGGAGGCAUAGAUGGCGUGAACGAUGUGUGUGGUUUAGAGCGCAGCAGACGUGCAGACCUGAGCAUGACGGCGUCUCAGCUGGACAGUGAGGAGAUGACUGUCAGCCAGCUCCUCCAGUCACUGAGGAACGAGACGCAGAGGGCCGAGCGGCUGCAGGCUGAGCUGCAGUUGUCUGCUGUCAGAAUUAGAGAGCUGGAGGAGAAGAAGGCUUCUGUGGAUGCGUCAACACAAACAGCCCAAACAGACACUACAGAGACCAAAGAGGAUUCUGGGAAAGAGGCAGCCUCUGAGGUGGAGAAUCUAAAGUCUCAGAUGAUGACCCUGUUCAAAGAGCUGCAGCAGGCCCAGAGUAAACUGGAUGAAGCAGAAGGCAUGAAGAAGAACCUGCAGGACAGAUGUCGGGAGGUGGAGCAGGAUGUGGCCACCCUGAAGGCCCAGCUGGUGGAGAAACAGGCUGUCCAGUCAGAGAACGACCGGCUGAAGCUGCAGGUGGACAGCAUGCAGGCUCAGAGCCAGCUGGAGCAGAGGAAGGCUGGGGAGGAGAGGAAUAACCUGGCCCAACUGAAGGAUGCCUACACCAAGCUGUUUGAAGACUACAAUGAACUGAAAGAGGACAAGAAGAAGAGAGAGUCUCAGAUGGUGCAGAAGGAGGCAGUGGACCAGCUGCAGGAACGUCUGACUGCUGCUGAAGAGGCUCUGGCAGCCAAACAGACCCACAUUGAUCAGAUGAAGCAGGAUAUCUUUGAGAAGGAGAAGGAGCUGGAGACCAUAUCUGUGUUUCAGGCUCAGGCUGAGGUCUAUUCUUCAGACUUCUACGCAGAGCGAGCAGCCAGGGAGAAACUCCAUGAAGAGAGGGAGCGUCUGGCUGCUCAGCUGGAGUAUGUGAAGAAGCAGAACAACCAGCUGCAGGAGGAGAUGGACUCACUGGGCAGGCGGUCGUUGAAUGAAAUGCAGAGGAGACACGUGUCACUGGGAGGGAACCAACACGGAGCUGGCGCCAGUCUGGUUGGAAGAGGUACUGACUGGCAGCACCAGGGGAAUAUUCCCGAACAUGCCUGUCCCAAGUGCAAUGAGAUCUUGCCAGACCUGGACUCCCUGCAGAUCCACAUCAUGGACUGCAUCAACUAGACCUCCAUUACUAAGAGCAUCCACGACAACAGCAUCUACGUUAGCACCUUAACCUGAGUCUUCCUCUGCUUUUAGCUGUACCUCUUCUCAGAUCCCUGAGUUUGCUCACCAUAGUUCCUUGAUAAACUCAGCAACAUUCAUUCAGGAUGGGAAUACUUUGGUUUGGGGAGAAUUUAAGUAGAGUUUUACAAAGCUGUAUUGAGGGUUCUUCAGAAAAUAUUUGGCCCCAUAAAGUUCUGAAAUAGAACAAAAUAUUGUAAGUGCCAUCUUCCAGGUUCUGAGCCCAUGUCAUCUGGCACACAGUCUGUUUCUUUGAUGAAGCUGAAGAUGCAUUUCUUCAUGGACAAAAGUCUAGAAUAUUUAAAGAGAAACUACGAACCCUUUUAAAAGAUUUUAUUGUGGCGCUGUCCGCCUGUCAUGCACACAAUCAAUACGUUCAGCCUUUACAAGUUGCAUUUGUUUACCAAGUAUUUGGUUGCUGAAGGCUAUUUAUGAUUCUAAAAAAAUCUAUAUUUUUUGCUUGGGAAGGAUAUUUUAGCUCAUGACUGGGGUUGUUUGUGGGAAAGGAGCAUGCACCAUGUAGGCACUUUAAUAUGAAGAUAUAUAUUUUAUUUCGACUCUGAUGCAGAUGAUACCUGGUUAUUAUAUUUAACUUGUUAAUCAACCUAUCACUGUAUACCACAGCCUUUGUAAGUCUAUGUGCAGGAGGCUCCAUCACCCUGCGGAUCCUGUAGUCUGUAGAUUACAGAGGACUCCAGAUUCCAUGUUGUAAUUCUGUCAAUGAAAAUAAAAUAAUCUGCAAAUUUC